AUGUAGGCAACCCAAGUCAAAGAGACUCAAACGAAAAAGAAAAUAAAAUUCCAGAAAAAAAAAACUGCGUUUCCUCAACUUCUUGGUUCAUCCUCACUAAAAAAAAACUCAAAAAUCUGGAAAUAGGGCAAAAAAUAAGUAAAAAAUGAGCUCAACAGCAAUUCUCUCCAGAUUAUCAACAAUACGAGGAAGAUGCAAAUCAAUUCCUACAAUUGCUAACUUAUUCAAAUCAACCACCCCAUCUCCAGUUUCUUCUUCUACUAAGCGCAUUCCUCGUAUUUCAAGGUUACCUGUUGAAGCAAGCUGCUUACUUACAAUGUUGCCGUUGCACAGCGCAAUUGCUUCUGCUAGAUUACAGUCUGUAUUAUCUGUUGAUUCCCAGAGUUGGUGUUUAGUUCCUCAAGGCAUGUCAAUGCCUUUAUGAUAGCAUGUUCGACUAUUUUGGAUGGUACCCAGGAGCUCCUGCAAGAAGGAAUACUUGGAGAGCCAGAUUCCCCCCUUUUUAUCACCAUCGAUUUUAUGUAGCAUCAAGGAGAACACAACAUUGCAUGUUUUGGUUGGUUAAAAUACUAAAUAUAUCUGCCAAUGAUUAUUAAGCUGCCUUCAAAGUUUUUGAUUUCUUGAAA